AUGCACCAAAAGAUGAAACUCGAUGUUGCUAUAGUGACUUGUUUGGCAUUAAUCACCGAUGUUGCGAACGCUUUCUGGCGUCUGCCUUGUCGCGGACGAAGUGGUGUGGCUCGGAUUGAUCCCAUAAUGGCCCCAGGGAUCCCAUCGGAUCAUGUACACGCGGUUCAUGGAUCGGGCGGAUUCUCGAUGUCCGCCAACGAGGCAAGUCUGAAGCAGUCGAGCUGUACUUCUUGCGCAGUGACCCAAGACAAGUCAGCAUACUGGGCGCCCGCGUUGUAUUUCGUGCAUCAAAAUGGCGAUGCUGAGCUUGUCAACGAAGUCGGCGGCAUGCUUGCCUAUUACCUUCUCAAUGGCGAAAAUGUGAAGGCGUUCCCUGAAAACUUACGCAUGAUGGCAGGAGAUACAUACCUGCGCGACUUCCCCUGGCCAAUACCGGAUCCCCCGCAGUCAGAGUGGUCUGGAGAUGAUCUAAAACAGGAGGCUCUUCGCCAGAAAGCUGUCGGAUUCAACUGUCUGAAUUACCAAAAGGACCCCGAACCCUCCUUGGCACGUCAUUUCUUGCCAAACAAGACAUAUUUGGAUGAGCACUGCACUGAAGGCGUUCGGUUUGAAUUGAUGUUUCCAUCCUGCUGGAAUGGGAAGGAUAUCGACACACCGGAUCACAAGUCCCACCUGGCCUAUCCGUCUCUGGUGAUGGACGGAGAAUGCCCAAAGGGCUUCGAGCAUCGUCUCGUUUCGCUCUUCUAUGAAAGUAUCUGGGAUACAUACGCGUUCAAAAGCAAAAAAGGCAAUUUUGUGCUCGCGAAUGGAGACCCCACGGGAUACGGCUACCACGGUGAUUUCAUGUAUGGCUGGGACUCACAGGUGCUCCAGCAGGCAGUAGAUACAUGCACAAACAUGUCUGGAGAAGUGACGGAGUGCCCCGUUUUUACGCUUCAAAGUGACGAGAAACAGGAUGAGUGCCGGUUCUCCGUUCCGGAUGCUCUGAAGAAUGAAGACGUGAACUACCACAAAGGUGGUCUCCCGAACAAUAUCGCCAUUCAAAGCGGACCUGCCUAUGCUAGCCCAGUCAGAUACACCACCGCCACCAGCACCACCACCACCACCACCACCGGCGCUGAACCCUCCAGCUCGUGGGAAGAUUCCUUUGCAAGCGCUGACUGGGAAGUCAUCACGACGUGGUCGCCGCCGUCGAGCACUCUCUCAUCUGCCGAACCGGCGUCGUUCACAACAAUCGUCUACGUCGAACAAGCAAUUAUUGUCCUUGUGGAUGAUCAGGGCGUCCCGAUCGAGACGCAGACGGGCUCUUUGGAAACCGUCUCGAAGACCACGACCACUUCGAGUGGCGGCGCUACAUCCAGCCGACCCCCGUCGAAGCGCGGUUGGUAUCAUAACCAUGCCCACAAGCAUUACCGCCACGGACACUCCCAUUAA